GCCGAACUUAUUCAAAAAACUAGACGAUUUAAUGUGUUGAAGAAAUAUAAUAGUUUUAAAACCGCCGGUGUUGAUCUAACUUCGCAUAGUUCACGGAGGGUUAAAGAAGAGGAAGAAAAAAAAAAAAAAAAGAAGGAGAAGAUAUUUUUAUUCGAAUUUUAAUUUUGCUGUAAGGAUAUUUGGAGAUAUUUGAGAAACUUUGUUAUGAUUGGUAUGGAGGAUGAAAUUAAAUCAAGCACCAAGCAAACGGCGGAAAGCGUGGUUCAAGAUGCCGUUGACCAAACAGGAUUUGGCAAGUUUAACCUUAAGGUUAUGGCCGUCUGCAGUAUGAUCUUUAUGAACGUGGCUUUCAGUAUAACAAGCAUCGGUUUCAUAUUACCAUCAGCGGCAUGCGACUUCAGAAUGACCACAAUGGACAAGGGACGCUUGAGUGCCGCCCCCAUGUUAGGUAUGUUAGCUGGUUCGUACAUAUGGGGUUGUUACGCGGCUAUCAAGGGGCGAAGGUUAUCCCUAUUAGUCGCACUAUUUCUACAUGGUAUUUCCGAAUUAUUGGCAUCGGUAGUACCAUUAUAUUGGGUCUUCUUAUUUUUGAAAUUUCUCAGCGGUGCAGCUAUGAAUGGGCAGUCAGCCGUUGUGUUUCUUUAUUUGAGUGAAUUCCAACCAACCAAACAUCGAAAUAGAAUGCUCUCGUGGAUGGAAAUGGCUUGGGUGUUAGGAAUGAUAAUCUUAGCAGGUGUCGGAUGGAUUAUUAUUCCAUUAAAUGUGAACAUGGUGACAGCUGGUUUCUCUUUUCAUUCGUGGAAUUUUUUCGUUUUCAUAUGUUCUCUUCCAGCCUUGUCGACUGGAAUUUGGCUGUUAUUUUUCCCUGAAACACCCAAAUACCUCGCAGAAACUGGAUACAACGUUCAGAUGUUGGACGUUUUAAUGAGAAUGUAUUCGGAAAAUACUGGAAAACCUCCAAAAGAAUACAUAACGAAACUUCGAAAUUCUGAAAAUAAUAAUUUAACCGAUCUGGUGCAUCGUAUAAUGCAUACAGAAGAGAAAGAGGAAGUGACCGAGAAAUCAUUCCGAUUAAUGAUAAAAGAGAUAUAUUCGAAAACCAUGAUGAUAUUGAAACCACCGUUCCUUUGUAGAACGAUCGUAUUGUGUUUAAUCGCUUGUUUCGUCACGUCCUCUUAUUACACAUUGACUUUGUGGCUGCCAGAACUUUUUCAUAGAUACGCGGACUUCCAGGAUGCGUAUCCCAAUCAGACGGCCAGUGUUUGCACUUUGAAGAUCGAAAAAAAUGUUACGACAAUAGAUACGUCGUUUGGAUGCAAUUCUAAAGUACAAACCAGUGUGUUCGUCCACACAUUUAUUUUAGGUGCCUCGUGUAUUCCAACAGCUCUAAUAUUGCCAUUACUAAUUAACUAUGUAGGAUAUAAAAUUUUUCUUGUGAUAACAGCCUUUAUUCCUGCUGUUGUUACGGCUUGUCUCUUCUUAGUAGAGACGUCUACUCAAAACUUAAUACUCUCGUGUGUUUUUGAAUCUGUCACAUCAGUUUGCAUCAGCGUGGUGUAUUGCCUUUUGGUUGAUCUUUAUCCAACUCAUUUGAGAGCAAUGGCAUCUGGUUUAUCCGCCUUUAUCAGUCGAAUAGGUGCCAUGAGUGGUACCUUAAUGAUCGGAUAUUUGAUCGACGAUUAUUGCAUAUUAGUGAUCGUUAUUGUGGCUGCUCAAUUAUUCCUAAGUGGUUUAUUGGCAUUGUUCACGCCAGGAGGAAGAAAAAAAUCAAAAGCAGAUAUCGAGGAUUCUUAACGAAAGUAUAAAUUAAAAUAAUAAG